GUCCGAGAUGGUGGCUGCCAUGCUGGCUUUCAGGCCUUCUUUCCAGCACACGCUGCCGAAUGUGUGAGCGUUAGCAAGUGAAAACAGUACGGGGAUUCCCCAAGAAGGGCUGCGUCACGCGGCGCGCCGAGAUGAUGCCUGCUGACGCUAAGAGCAUCACACAGGAGCUGAACAAAAUCUGUGAGGCGUGGGCCGUUGCAGAAGGCCGCGCGGGCAGCAAUCUAGCACAAUAUGGGGGCCCAAGCGCUGACUACCUGAGGCAUCUCGAGAUCUACGCAACGGUCCAGAGGACGCUUAUGAGGGCCGCCGUCGGUAUGGGGGAAGACAAAGCUUUGCGACGCGUGCGGCGGAGAAUAUGACCGGACUUUGUUCUCGAAGAAACAAUGGCAAGCGACGGGGCAACGCCGCUGCGGCGACUGCGUCAGUCAAGGGCGGCCGGCGAGAUUUACGGAUGCGUAUCGCCCGCGGGUGCCGGGCCACUCGCAGCUUGACUUUAUGCUUGGCCAGGGGAAACUCAUCGAGCGUGCCAUCCGGGUUGCCGCGCAGGAAACGGGCAUGGAGGGCACGGAGGUGGAAAAAGUCGUCGAGGAAACGACCCAGCUUGCAAGGCAGCAGAAAGAAACGUUUAUAAGGCAAAUGAGGCUCUACUACUAUAAGCAAAUCCUUUUGGAAGACAUUACGAGCGCUGGUGUACCAGAUCUGGAACGAUUGAUCAUGAGGCGUGCCAUCUAUUUUUUGACGGAAGAUCUGUUCAUGGGAAUUUCCAGCAAAGUUCGAAGAGCGAUGUCGAAGGGGAAGGCUAAACUGAGGAAGGUAUGCAAAGAGGUUUUCCUUAGCGUUGACCGUAAUGUUGAGAUCACACACCCCAAAGACGACGAAGAGGCCACCGUAGCUUCGAGGUCAACGGAAGAGCCAGAACCGCCACGGGACAACCGCGCCGACGAGGCCGACUUCGUGCCGAGCGUCUGGCGCCUUGUGGUCGACCUCGUUCCAAUGUUGGACAAGAAUCAAGACGCCAGCCGCACCUUAGGACGGGCGCAGUUCCUCCUGUCGCGUCCAAAUUACCCAGGGCGGAUCGAACAAGUCCAGAGGUGCUUCGAUGCCAUGUUUGUGUGUGACAUCAACUUUGCGGAAAAAUUCAACCGUUGCGUCGAGCGCCAGCGAGACGAAUUCAGGCAACAGGCCACGGAGUCACAGCGGUACAAGCCGACCGAUCUGGGGCUACCGCUGCGGCGACGAUGCGACAACUGCGGAGUCGACAACGCCCUGGCUGAGUGGCGAUACCCCUAUUGCAACUCGUGCAACGUCUAUUGGUUGUCUCCCAAUUUCCGCAAGAUGGACCGUCCCAAUGGUUGUUGCCCUAUCUGCUUGCUCCCUCCCAAAUCAGCAGAAUUCUCAUAUACACUGCGAUGCGGCCACACGCUACACUGGAAGUGCCUGGAGUACGCAAAGUCCGUCAGAGCGGAGUGUCCAGGAGAAAAAAUUCUCAGCGUCUGUCCGGUCUGCAGGGACCCCAUCACCGACGACCUGGAAAAGGUCGUUUUCGUCGAGGACGUGUGGCCGGAGCAUAUGGGGUUGUGGCCGGGCGCCCCAGACCCGCACGACGUGGCCUUUGUCGCCGAGCGCGCGGCCAAAGGCGCCUAUUUGGCCGCUAAGGCCGCCGUGAGAUACGCAAGAAAAAAGGUCUCUGACGCCAUCGCGAUGGGGGUGUGGGAAGACAUAUGGCGCGGGCGCGAGGCUGACACUGACAGUCUCGGCGCUUAGUUGUUGUAAUGUGAACCGUAGUACUU